AAUGUGCGAUUUAUCAUCUCCGCCUCCACCGACUCACUUGUGGCACAACUCCUGGCAGCUCGGCCUGACUGUCUAGCAGGGGCCGGAUUGUGUGAACUUUCCUUAGCCGAAAGAAAGGCAGCUGUCCGCAGUCUUUUUGGACGCUUCGGAAAGACCCUGGAUGAAACUGGCUUUAGAAAUCAGCUCGAUUCUCAAUUAUCCAGUCUUCCCAACUAUCUACCUGACCUAGUCCUUCACUGUUUUUCUCGAUUGGAGGCCACUCAUGGCAGUAAGCUAGUGAGGAUAGCUCUUGCUUUUCUCCUCCUGACUCGGCGGCCAUUGCAUGCAGUCGAGUUACAUCAGCUACUUGACUUCUGGCUUUCAUCCUGCCAAGAAGCUGCCUCAGUAGCAACAGAGGUGGCCUCUAGUAUUAAAAAAUCCCCUGUCUUCGUUGAUUUGUCACCGGCCGAGCUCAAUCAACUAUGCAUGACUGGACAGUGGAAUAAUAGUGGCGAGCUGAGAUAUUUGCAACCAGUCACUCGUCCAUGCAUUCAUUUGCCUAGCUUUAUCUUUCAGCGUCUACUCUCCGAUCUUUCGCCUUUGCUCGCGGGAUUCUCUACAGACUCUUUCGACUUGCAAGACGAUGGUUUUGGUGAAGCAGAAGAACGCAGCCAUUCUGAUCCUAAGGAAGAGGGAAGUCAGUCGACUGCCAAACGAGCCUUAUCUACCGAUGGCUGGCUACGUAUCCGCAGUUCUGAAAUCUCCCGAAUCCUUCUUUUCUAUAUUUUACCCUCAUCUAUUUCUGCUUCCGCAGACCUGCUUUCGCUGCCAGCUUCCGUCAAGACAGGCAUUCAUCAUCUUAAGCCUAGUCAGCGUCUCGGCUACAUCCACCCGUCUGGUACAAGAUUCUCUGGCUAUCGCCAGACCCAAGGAAAGAGACCUCGCUUAGGCUUUGGUAGAUCAGGUGUAAAGGAGGAUUGCGAUGAAAUUUCCUCGGCAGCGAUU